AUGGAUUAGAACGAAUAUUAAUUGGAGAUGAAGAAAUUGUUUGAAGAAGUUGAGCUAAGAUUUGAUUCUUCCUUUGAAAAAAUUAAUGAUUAAAUUAACUCAAUUAUUUGCGAUUUGGAGAAUAAUUUGGAUUAAAAUUUAAAAUGUAACUACACAGAAUCAAUUGUCCACUAAUAAGAUAUUAUUUUACCAUUAUCAAACUUACCAGAUGUUCAUAAUGAAUAACUUAGUCUUGAGUUGAUAUCUUUAACGAAGUUAUAUAAAGAAUAUCAAGUGAAUUAGGUGAAGAUAUCCUUUAAUUAACAAUUAGAGAAAUAAGCUUCACUUUAAUAAUAAUAAAUUGAUAAAUUAGAAAAAGAAAAAAGACAAUUAGAAGAUAUUAUUAAAUCAAAGGAUCGAUAAUUACAAUCAAAGAACUCUGGUAUUGAACAACUCUAAAGUUAACUUAAAUAAUAAUAACAAAUUGAAAAAUGUGAAAUGGAAAAAACGCAAUUAGCGAUAUCAAGGAAAUAGAAUAAAAGUUAAAUUGUUCUGAUUGGAUUCCCAGGAAGUGGUAAAACAAAAUUAUAUAAUUUAAUAUGUUAAACAAAACAACCUAAAAGUUUAUCUCUUAGUAUUCGAGAAGCAUUCCUUAAAAAAGCUGCUUACGGAAGUGGAUUUCAAGUGUUAUAUAUUCCUGACUACGGAUCAUGUUAAGAGAUAAUUAUUAAUGCUGUAUGCACAUUAAAUGCCGCUUUAGAAGGCCCAAUUCACUAAAUAUUGUUAGUAGUUAGAGCGGAAAGAGUAGAAAUUAUACAGGAAUAUUUGAAAACAAUGAUUGUAAAAUUUAGGCGAUAUAGACAUCUUGUAACAGUUGCUGUUACACAUUGGGAUACAAAUGAAACUGAGACAACCAAGAAAGCAAAUGAAGAAUUGAUUAUCAAGUUGAGCAAAAACUUUGGAAUAAAUUCUGUUAUUUUUGUAUCUAAAUUUGAUACUGGUGAAAAAGUUUGUGCUUAAAUUGAUUCAAUUUUAAAUAAAUGUUAAAGCUGA